AUGGACACUAUAACUAGUAGUCACAUGAUAGGUGACAAGAAGGUAUUCACAACACUUGACGAAACUGUAAAGGGUAAAGUAUGGUUCAACGACAAUUUUGUGGUAAAUAUAUGCGGAAAGGGCAUGGUGAAGAUUGAAUGUGUCACUAGAAACCAUCAGAUUCUAUCUGAUGUGUUCUAUAUCCCAAGCCUAAAGAAUAAUCUCCUCUCACUUGGUCAACUUGACGAAAAUGACUGCAAGAUUGUCAUCGAAAAUGGGUUUGCUCCUCAAUCAGGCUGGUUCGGGUUGUUGGCUUUUUCUGGCUCCUUUGUUGUCAUCUGA